AGACAAAGCGCUGGUCGCAGUUGAUUUAGCUUUGACCUCUUCCGUCCGAAUUUAACUGUGUUGACUUCGUCUCAGAAUAAUUCACCUAAGCAUAAAAUGCCGUUUUGUCAAAAUAAACUGUUUUUAGCAGUGUUACUGGUAGGGACAGGUUCCCUCAACACUUUGUGUACUAAUUGGGUCAACCAAAUUUUGUCUAAAGGAUCUCAUGGGGGACGGUUCACUUAUCAAUUUUUAGAAGCAGCUACAAUGUUUGGUGGUGAAAUUUUAUGUCUUUUAGCUUUUAAAGUGGUUUGCCUUUUGUCUCGAAACUCACAGGAAAAUGUUCUUACCAAAGGGAAUAGGAAUUUCAAGCCGAUUAUACUUCUUCCUGCUGCAAUGUUACAUUUGGCUAGCAUUGCAGUUAUGUACUUAGGCCUUGCCCUUACCUAUCCAAGGAGCUUAACGAUGUACCGAGGCACUGCAGUUCUUUUUAUCGGUGUGCUCUCUACAGUAUUUCUGCACAAACAUAUACAAUUUAAAGAAUGGUAUGGAAUGGUAAAAAUAACCUUGGGAUUUCUGACUGUUGGAGUGACAGAUGUAAUUUUCGAUUUGUCCAAAGACGACAAGGGGCAGAUCAGUUUGCUUACCGGAGAUAUGCUGAUUAUAAUUAGCCUAGUGCUCUCAUCAUGUCAGAUGGUUUAUGAAGAGAAAUAUAUUUCCGAAUUUGAUAUACCUCCGAUGCAAGUAGUGGGCUGGGAAGGCAUUUUUGGUUUCUCUAUGUCGUCAAUACUAUUUUUUGCUUUCUAUUGGGCGCUAGCUGUACCUAACUUUGGCCAUGGGCCCAAUGGAAUUAUAGGAGACACCAUUGAUGGACUGCUUCAAAUUGGUAAUAAUCAUUUGUUGCUGUGUGCUGUAUUGGGCUCGGUCAUCUCUGUAGCAUUAUUCACCUUUGCUGGAAUCAGUAUUACCAAGAAUAUUUCGGCCACACAUCGAAUGGUUUUAGAUUCGUUUAGAAUAAUUGUGAUUUGGAUAGUGUCGGUUUCCGUGAAAUGGCAAGAGUUUUAUUUGUUACACAUUGUUGGCUUUGCCCUUAUUGUACUAGGCAUAUGCAAAUAUAAUGGACUACUGACAUGUAUCUACGGAUCCGAUGACUAUGAUGACGAUGACGAUGUCGAUGAUGACGAUAUAGGUGAUUUAAACAUUUAGGCAGUUUUGGACCAAGUCUAUCCGUUUUUAAGGUUCUAAUUUUUAGUUUACUUAGAGAUUACGUUAGAAGCUUAAAACAAUGGACUUAUUAUCUUCCUUACACAUAUACUUUAAUUUCUUUUUUUAAAUAUAUAUAUAAAUAUAAUUCAAUAUCUUUGAAAUUUAUUUUCGUGUUUCGAACCUCCGAUCUCACCUACGGUGGGGGUUUAUUAAAUGCAUUUUUAAAAGUGCUUGCACACACUUUUCUUUAGUCUCUUAAUUUAAGUUUUUUUUCUUACUUGCUAUUUGCAUAUUUGUUAAAUUUUUAUUAGGUUUUAAGUCCACUUAAAGUUAAGUAUAUUUUUAGGCAUUUCUUCAGUUUUAGUGAUAAGUAAAGCCACUUAUUCAUAAAAAAUAAGUCUUUUCAGUCAAAAUGUAUUUAUGCUGUGUGCAAAUGAGUUCAGUAAUACCUCGGACUUACGCGAUAGGUUGUACCAAGCUAUGGCCGUGUAUGUAAGAUGAAUUCGCGUAAGUUAGGCUUCAUCUUUGCACAUAAUUUCGUACAAACUUUGUGUAAUCGGGACCAGAGUCAAUAUAAAACAAUAAUUUAUUAGAAUUAUGUCUCUUAAUCCGUAAUUUUUGGUUUACUUUUUAUAAAAUAUCGAACUAUUGAUUCUGGUUAGUUCCGAUAGAGAAAGAAAAACUGCGUAUUGAUUAAGUGGAUGUACUUUACUUUAACUUUUUAACUUUUGAUGUUAAGGAUUAGGAAUGAUGCGGAUUUGGACAUAUUAUAUAUUGUAUUUUUAAUAAAAUAUAAGACAUGCACCAAUACAAAUUAGGUUGUUUAAGAAAUUAGAAAUUGUAUACCAUUAUAAAAUCCCGAUCUAGAGUACCUACAUACAAGGACUCAUUGUCGGAAAUACAAAGAAAAGGCUGAUGAGUGCAUGUUUAUAGCUUGAAAUAAAUAAAUAAA